CGCCCCUCCCUUCUCCUUUAGCUCUGUAACCUCGCCAGGUCCUUCCCCUCCAGCGCUUCCCAGGAGUUACCAUAGCUACGGUGCACAGAGCAGCUAAGUCUCACUAGUUUAUACCGGCUAGCCACAGUGAAGAGCCGGCACUAUGAGUCACACAGUGACCAUCCAGGAGCCCCAGGCCAAGCCGCAGGUGUCUCAAACCCGGUGGUGCGGAGGGAGAUCGGGGGCCUGGGGCAACGUCUCUGCCAAUCGAACGUAUGAUUUCCUGUACGAUCCGUUGUAUAUUGUGUCAAGUGAGAAAGACCACAACCAGGCAAAUAUUCAGGCCACCCUGAUUCAAAGCAAACUGAGAAGGGUUCCCAGGUUUAGAACCAUGUUCAGUAACCUGUUCCAUUAUCCAAGAUAUUCUGUAUAUUGGAGUAAGGCAGACCCUGUUCCAUCAUUCAUCAGUCGGGAAUGGAAGGGACAUGAGGAGAGACACCGAGAAGCCCUCCGGCAACUUGCUGCAACUGACACUUCUUUUCAGAUGCCUAAAAAAGUUUGUGAAGAUCCUGAUGUUACUGGAAAGAAUCGCUAUAAAUAUUUUGAAAGGCCUUUCCUUCCAUUUUAUCAACAUACGCCAUUCAAUGUUGUUUAUGCAGCAAACAGGGCAGAGCCAUAUACUUUUCCACCUCCUUCUGCUAAAUACCUACCUGUUCCUUCGAAGUAUACUGUGGGCACUCAGACUGAUUAUCGGGAUGCUGAAGUUCAAACAGACCCGUAUUCUCCAGAAUAUGUAGUAUGUCAAGAUACCAUCCCUGAGCUCUUGACCCUGGCUACUCUUACUUGGGGUCGCGGUCUCCCAGCAGGACAGGCUGAGGUGGAGAUGAUAGAGCGCGCACGGGAGAAGCGCGCUUGGGAAGCUACCCUCCCCUCUCUGAGUGACACGACCCAGUUUGAGAAGAGGAGGAGGAUGAUGAAUGCGAUGGAGAGGAAGGAGUGGGCCUUCAGAGAGCAGGAGAUUGAAAAGCUGCAGGAGAUUCGCCUGGAAGUUCUAAAAGAGCUGUUGAAGAAGCGUGACAAGAAUCAAAAUGAAGUGAGCAUGGCGCGCCUGAACGCCCAGUGGUCUACACUGCAGGAGGCAAAGGAGGCAAAGUUGGCACAGAUUCAGCACACACAUGUCUCAGCGAUGAGAAAACUUACGGGAAAGGGAAAGAAUAUAGAAGGGAAGUUGGAGAGAAGAAAUAUCAUCAAGGAUUAUUCUGAUUAUGGGUCACAGGUCUAUGGACCUCUGUCUCGCCUUGGUCGGUUCCCAGACAACAACUCAGAGGACUUUGUAGUAAAAAACCACUAUCUCAGCACCUAUGAAGGAUUAGUUGAACUGGAAUCAUGUCUCCCAGAUUUUGUGACACAACCCCGAAUCAAACCUCCAAAACCAAAAGUCACCACCACCAAAGAUGGUUUUCUAAAGAGGGCCGCAAGGAUGGACCGUGAGUUGGCAGAGGUUCAUAAGGCAUUGUUGGAAAAGAAGAAUAAGACUCUUGAAACAAAGAAACCCAUGCGCUUUCUUCAGAGAAAGCCAGUGCCUCAACCUCGGCUGCCAACUCCAACCUUGGAGAUGAGUUCCAAUGAAGAAGAAGAUAUAGAAAUGGCUGUGAUCUACCUUCAAAAGUUACUCCGGGGCAGAGUCGUUCAGAACAUGAUGUUUGAAGGGAAAGAGAAGCGGCUGGAGCUGAUCCAGGAGCUGCGCACCAGCCACGCGCUGCAAGAAGAUGACAGGCUGGUGAAGAAAGCCGAGAAGCAGGUGACCCUGGCCUUGCAGCGGCAGAGGAACCUGCACGAGCACAAGGUGUCACUGGUUGAAAAUCAUUUGGCCGGACUGGAAGGCAGGGUGCUGGCAGACAUGUUUGACUUCCUGUCCAAGGAGCUGGUGAGACUGCAGGAGGAGAGGAGGGUCCACGCCCUGGCCAUGCUGGCCGAGCGGCAGCGGAGGAUGCGCGAAGCCGAGGAGAGUGGCCGGCGCCAGGUGGAGCAGCGGCGCCUGCAGGAGGAGGACCUGAUAUUUAAGGAGGUGAUUAAAGUUCACCAAAGUACUGUAACUUCCUAUCUGGAGGACAUAAUACUGAACACGGAAGAGCAUACUGCAGAAGAACAGGCCAGGGCAGAAAUAGAGAAGAUGGCUCAGGAAAUCAAUGACAUUGCUUAUGAAAUGGAAAGCCGUCGAACUCAGCUUCAGUCAGAGGAGAUUGUUGCCGAGUUGGUUUAUAGUUUCCUGAUCCCAGAGGUGCAAAAGGACUUUGUCAAAGAAAAAGUGAGGACCGCUCAGCGGAAGCACAUCCUCGCAGCCCAUGAGAUCGUCCACCAGCACACAGAAGCCAUGCUUGAGGAGGAUUUUGUUGAGCAACAGCAAGAAUCAGACACUGAGCUACUUGAGGGAGCUCAAGACAGCUAAGAACACAAGCAUAUCCAGCUGCAUGAGGAGACACAACAGCUUGAACAAGUAGCAGCAGAAAGUACAGAUAAUAGAAACAGACCUAAAAAUAUUGGAAGGGUGAGACAGAUUUAAAAAGAACUAUGCUUACUGCUUUGAACUUCUAGUCUCCAGAAUUGUGAGAAAAUUAAUUUUUGUUGUUUAAACCACCCAGUCUAUCUAUGGUAUUUUGUCAUGGCAACCUGAUCUAAGAUAGAUUUUGGUACUAGGAGUAAAGUGCUGCUGUAACAAAUACCUGAAUGUGUGGGAACUAGAUAAUGAGUAGAGUUGGGAGAGUUUUGAGGUGCAGGCUAGAAAUAUGGAUGUUAAGGGCAUUUCUGGUGAGGUCUUGGGUAGAAAUGUGGAACGUGUUAUUGGAAACUGGAAAUUUGACUGAACUUUGUUCUAGUGUUCUAGAUAGAACUUCUGAGCGAUGGAAUUGGAUACUUAGCUGGGAAGAUAUCUAAAGCAAAGUCUUGUUUCCUCCUGACUGCUUAUAGUAAAAUAGGAAAAGAAAGAUGAAUUGAAGAAGGAACUGUUAAGCAAAAAGGAACAAGUACUUAAAGAUUUGGAAAAUUCUCAGCCUAUCCAUAUUUCAAGAAAUGAGAAAGUACAUUCUGAAAAGGAACACUGAGGGUGUGGUUGAAACAGCUAUUUGAUAAAGAGCUUAUGGAAUUAUAAGAGUAGGAGCUCUGCCAGUUUGAAAUGAAGGGAUGGAGACAAGAUGACAUGAAGGAAGACUGUCAGAUUUACUGGAUUUGACAGGGUGAGAUGAUAGUUCUAUUCUGCUGCAAAUGUGCACAGUUCUUCAAAAUAAUCCUGAAAGCAGUUCAGAGCUCAUCAGCCACUGCCUCAGUUUCAACAGGUCAGAGAGCCUCUGCCCAGAACUUCAAGGAUGGGACCAUCUGUGGGACCCUACCCUGGCAGAUCUGCAGUGACCAGAUCCCUACCUAAGAAGUGGGGAUGGGGGACGGCAGAGCAGAAAGGUAGGGGCCACCCCCAGAGCAAUGGGAGCUAUGCUGCCAUCCCAGUGGACCUGGAAGGCAGACACUGAGCCAAAGGGGAUUAAUCUUGAGCUUUAAGACCCAAUAGAACUUGUCUAGCUAGGCUUUAGACUUGCUUGGGACCCAUUACUCCUUUCUUCCUUCUGAUUCCCCCCUUUUGUAAUGGGAAUAUCUAUCCUAGACCUGCCCCCACCACUGUAUUUUGGAAGCACAUAGUGCAUCUGGUUCACAGCUGGAGAGGAAUGUAGCCUCAGGAUGAAUCAUACCUUGAGUGUCACCCACAUCUGGUUUAGAUGACUUGUAGAUGAGAAUUUGGACCUCAGACUUUAGAGUUGGUGUUUGAAUGAGUUAAGACUUUUGAGGUUGUUGGGAUGGAAUGAAUGUAUUCUGUAUGUGAGAAGGACAUGAAUUUGGAGAGGCUGGGGUGGAAUGCUAUCCAUUUAGUUGUGUCCACCCAAAAUUCAUGUCAAAGCCCUAGCUUCCAAUAUGAUGGCUUUUGGAGAUGAAGAUAAUAAGGAUUAGAUGAGAUCAUGAGGGUGGGUCCCUUAUGAUGGGAAUAGUGCUCUUAUAAGAAGAGACAUCAGAGCACUUGCUUUCUCUCUGCUUCUUGCCUUGUGAGGACAUAGCAAGAAGGCAGCCAUCUACAAGCCAGGAAGAGAGUCCUCCCCAGAAGCUGGCCAUGCUGACAUUUUGACUUUGGACUUCUGGGCUCCCGAACUGUGGGAAAAUAAAUUUCUAAUAGCCCAAACAAUUUGAGACUCAAGGACAACAAAGCUGGAGGUAUCACAUUCCCUGAUUUCAAACUAAUUACAAAGCUACAGUAAUCAAAACAGCAUGGUACUGGCACAAAAACAGAUACAUAGAUCAGUGGAACAGAACAGAGAGCCUAGUAAUGAACCCACACUUAAAUGGUCACUCUGUGACAAGGGAGGCAAGAGUAUACAAUGGAAAAAAGACAACAUUUUCAAUAAACGGUGUUGGGAAAACUAACAGCUACAUGUCAAAGAAUCAAACUGGACUACUUUCUCACACCAUGCACAAAAAUAAAUUCAAAGUGAUUAAAGACUUAAAUGUAAGAACUGAAACCAUAAAAAUUCUAAAAGAAAACACAGACAGGAUGCUCUUUGACAUUGGCCUUAGUGAUACUUUUUUUUAGAUAUGUCUCCUCAGGCAAGGGAAGCAAAAACAAAAUAACCAAAUGGGACUACAAACUAAAAAGCUUUCACACAGUGAAGAAAACUAUCAACCAAAUGAAAAUGCAGCCUACUGAAUGGGGGGAGACAUUUGCAAAUGAUAUAUCUGAUAAGGAGUUAAUAUUCCAAAAUAUACAAAGAACUCAUAACUCAACAUCAACAUCAAAAAAACAAGCAACACGAUUAAAAUUGGGCAGAAGACCUGAAGAGACAUUUUUCCAAAGAAGACAUAUGGAUGGCCAACAAGCAUAGAAAAAGAUGGCCAACAGGCACAGGAAAAGAUGCGCAACAUCACCAAUCAUCAGGGGACUGCAAAUCAAAACCGCAAUGAGAUUUCACUUCACACCUCUCAGAAUGGCUGUUAUCAAACAGACCACAAAUAACAAAUGUUUGCAAGGAUGUAGAAAAAGGGGAACCCUCAUGCAUUGUUGGUGGGAAUGUAAAUUGGUGCAGCCACAAUGGAAAACAGUGUAGAGAUUCCUCAAGAAAUUAAAAAUAGAACUACCAUAUAUUCCAGCAAUUCCCCUCCUGGGUAUUUAUUUGAAGAAAAUGAAAAUACUAGUUAGAAAAGAUAUAUGCCUCCCUAUGUUCACAGCAGCAUAAUUUACAAUAGCUAAGAUAUGGAAGCAACCUAGGUACCCAUCAGUAGAUGAAUGGAUAAAGAACAUAUGGUAUAUGUAUACACAAUAGAAUAUUAUUCAGCCAUUAAAAAGAAUGAAAUCUUGCCAUUUGUGGUAAUAUGGAUGGAUCUAGAGAGUGUUAUGUUAAUUGAAAUAAGUCAGACAGAAAAAGACAAAUUCUGUAUGAUUUCACUUAUAUGGAAUCUAAAACAAAAAAAAACCCCACCAAAACAUAAAAAAGCAUAACAAUAUAGAAACAGAAUCAUAGAUACAGAGAACAGGUGGUUGCCAGAUUGGGGGUGGGGGACCGAGAAAUAGGUGAGGGAGAUUAAGAGGUACAAACUUCCAAUUGUAAAAUAAAUGAGUCACAGAUAUGGAAGGUACAGUUUGGGGAAUAUAGCCAAUAAUUAUAUAAUAUCUUUGCAUAGUGACAUCAUAAUUAGACUUAUUAUGGUGACCAUUUUGAGAUAUAUAGAAAAAUCAAAUCACUGUGUUGUAUAACAAAUUAACACAGUGUUGUGGGUCAAUUAUACUUCAAAAACAAACAAACUCAUUAAAAAAAGAUGAGAUUUGUGGUUACCAGAGAUGGGAGGGGAGUAGAGGAGAUUGGAUGAAGGCAGUCAAAAAGGUACUAACUUCCAGUUAUAAGAUAUAAAGUACUGGGGAUAUAAUGUACAACAUGAUAAAUAUAAUCAACAUUGCUGUUUGUUAUAUAGGAAAGUUGUUAAGAAUAAAUCCUGAGUUCUCAUUUAAAAAAAUAAAUAUAUAUAUAUAUAUAUAUUUCUGUUGUUUAAGCUAACCAGUCUAAAGUAGUCUGUUGUGGCAUCCUGAGCUGGCUAAGAUACAUUUUAUGUUCAAAGAGAUGAAAGUCAACACUGAAAUUUUUCAUAGAACUAGAAAUGAUAAAAAGUAAUAUAGCAGAUCUGAAGAAAAUAGAAAUUCUAGAAUUUAUAAACACAGUAGUCAGUAUGAGAAACUCAGUGCAUGGAUUUAAGAGCAGAAUAUACACAGCUGACGAGAACACUAAUGCCUUAGAAGAGCAGAAGAAUUUGUCUCAAAUCAAGGAGACCAAGAGUUGGAAACUACAGAAGAGAAGGAAGGACAGAUGAGUCCUUAGGAAGGGACAAGAGGAUGUGAGCAUGGACUAUUGAUUCAACAAAUAUGACUUCUAAGGGAAAAAAUUUGUUGGGAAAUCAUAGAAAAUGUGAACUUUCUAAAACCGAUGAAAGGGGUCAACAUUUAAGAAGGCUUCUUAACCCCAAGCAGAAAAAAUUAAAAGAAACCUAUACCUAGACACAUUUUAAUAUGAAUGUAAGUCAGAAAGGGCAUAAAUGGAUUAAAUUGCCCUAAAGCACUGGCAUCGUCUAGGAGGAAGAUGCAAGUAUCAUUUAACAUUAUGAUUGAUGACUCAAACAUUCUGUAUCCUCUCAGGUAACUCCUAAAGGAUAGUAAAAAAGAUGUAUGACAUGGGAAGUAAGAGAAGAAAAUGGAAUAAAUAAAAAACACUCAAAAAGAGGACAGAGAAAAAGGAAACAGAUCCAAUAGAAAACACUGAAUAAAAUGGUAGGUGUUUAUCACUGAUUCAUUAAUUACAUUAAAUGCUCAAAGUCAAGUCAGAACCUGUCAGACUGAAUAAAAAGUAAUUCAACUGUGUGCCGUUUUGUAAGAGACAUAUAUAAAAUCUAAUGGUUACAUGUUAAAUGAGAGUAAAAGAUACCAUCAGAACACCAUCUACGGGAAAGCUGCUGUAACUAUAUUACUAUAAACAAAGAAGACUCUUAGCCAGAAAGCACUGCUAGAGAAAAAGAGGGACAUUUCAUAAAGAUAAAGGUUUCAUUCAUUGGGAAGGUAUAAUGAGUCACAAUUUGAAUAUACCUAAUAACAUGGCUUCAACCUGUAGGAAACAAAGUUUAAUAGCAAGGAGAAGUAGAAAAAGCCAUAAUGACGCUAGGAAAUUUUAAUCUCUAUCAGGAAUUGAUAUAGCAAGUAGAGGAAAAAAACAAUAAACAAAUGGAAGAUUUGAGAUACAUAGUUAAGGAACUUGACCUAUUGGACAUUUAUAGACUGUUACACCCAGCAACUCCAGAAUGCAUAUUACCUUCAAGCACACACAAAACAUUUGCAAAAACUGACUAUACUGUGUCAUAAAGCAAGUGUCAACCAUUUCAAAGAAGCAAAGUCAUGGCAAAGUGAUAACAAUGCAGUGAAACUUAGAAAUCAAUGACAAGAUAAUUCCAAUAUGUUUGGAAAUUAAGAAAUACAAGUAUAAAUACUCUGUUCAUCAGAGAAAGUAUCAGAAUAGAAACUAGGAAAUAUUUUGAACUGAAAAAUGACAAAAAUGCUACUUAUAUAUCCAACUUGUGGAAUGCAGCUGAUGUGGUGCUUAGAUGGACAGUUGUAGGCUUAAGAGCAUUUAUUAAAAGAGGAAAGGUAAAAAAUAAGACUAAGAAUCCUUUUCCAGAAAUUAGAAAAAUAAUGUCAAAUUAGUUGCAAAAAAAGUAAAAGGAAAUAAAAGUAACCGAAAUUAAUAAAACAGAAAAUAGACAUGUCUUUUGAUUCUAGGUAGGAUAUAGUGGGUAGCUGCAAGACUACAGAAAAUAAUGGAUAGACUGUGUAAAUGUCAUUUUUCAAAGACAGUGAAGAGAUGUGGAAAGGCAGGGGACUAGAUGAGCUAAAAUGGUAGAGAGGAAAGAGUCCCUCCUAAGUGAUCUGAGAUCACUGGCCAUUUUCUUCCCCUGGGCCACUGGGCACACACGGGCCUAAGACUUUCCUAGGGGAAACAGAAACCAGAAAGGCUUUUAAAAGUCUGAGUGGGCUAGCAUGAUGGAUUGCAACCUGGAAGAGCCCCAAAGGCCAAAUUUACCCAGAGUGUCAGCUUUAGGUUUUCAGUAGAUAAACCCUUUAUUAGUGGAAAACUGUUUGAAUCUAUCAUGUGUCAUUUAACCAGCUGUGUCAGUGUUAUCUUCACUCAGUCUCAUAGAUUUAACCAUCAUUAAUUCAUCAUUCCCUGAAUUCUUUUGUCAGAAGUAGCGGAACAUCCUGCCUUGCCCUACCACAUUGAUGUCCAGUGACUCAGCAAUGGUCAUAUUUUAGUGCGAUUUUUUUUAGUUCAGAACAAGGGUGAGAUUUUUUCUAAGAAAACUACCCUUAACCACUAUUAUGGAAUACUGAAUGACUUUGGAAAUUAGCUUUUGCUGGAGACUUGGUAAUAUUCUGCAAUGAAAACAACCUGAAAUUACAAGGCAAAACAGAGCUUAUAUGCAGAAUGUACACUGUGGUAAAGUCACUUCUGUGGCAGCUAACACUGAAUCACAAGUAACGGUAAGCUGCUUUAUGUGCUUCCUGUGCUGCCAAAGCUAGAAAAGCAGGGUCUCCAUUCGCAGCCAUAUUUGCAGUGAAUGUAUUUUCUGAGCUUAAACUACACUUCCAGGAGCAUUUUUUGGACCUUGAAAUAAGUGCAUAGGAGAUUCCCAUAUUUCACAAUUGUUUCCCUGUGCGAUGGCGGCAUGUCCACACAACCUUUAAUUGGAACGGAUUCGUCUGUGUUGUAAUGACACGCUAACAGGCAAAUAACAAGAGAAGAAUCCAAUGGAAUUCUAUAAAUGCCUUCCAAGUGAUAAAUAUGCACAAUUAAAAACAUGCUUAUGGACUGAGAUCAGUAUUGGCAGCACCUGUCUGUGAUUUUUUUUUAAUUGAGGUAUAGUUGAUUUACAAUAUUGUAUUAGUUUCAAGUACACAGCAAAGUAAUUCAGACAUAUAUAUAUGUGUAUAUAUACACAUAUAUAUAUGUUCUUUUUUAUUCUUUUCCA